GACGGCGGCGACGCGAAGGCCACCAUGCUGAGCCGGCUGCAGGAGCUGCGCAAGGAGGAGGAGACGCUUCUGAAGCUGAAGGCGGUGCUGCACGACCAGCUGAACCGCCUCAAGGUAGAGGAACUAGCCCUCCAAGCAAUGAUUAAUUCUGGAAGAGGGGAGGAGAUGCCGACCUCCCUGCCCGUACCACAGCAGCCCCAAGAUAUGUUGCUGCAUGUGGACAAUGAGGCGUCCAUCAACCAGACUGCACUGGAGUUGAGUACAAGGAGCCAUGUGAUGGAAGAGGAGGAGGAGGAGGAGGAGGAGGAAGAAGACGACUCAGACUCCUAAAGAAGGCAAAGAUCUACUUCAAGAAACCCUCGUUGCCUGGCCGUGGGCCUGGCUCACCGAGGAAGCCAGGAGGAUGUGCCGCGGUAAGAGCCACUCCGGCAGAAACUCAAGUUCCACAAUCUCCUGCCACAGCCUGCUGCACAGCAAGGUGUGCGAGGUGCUGUGUCCAACACAGAACGUCCUCUGGAGUGAUGAGAAAGUCUGGCAUCUGCAGAAUGGACAGAGUUUACAUUUCAAACCGCCAUUUCCAAAGGCAAUUAAUGAAAGACUGUUUGCCACUGAACUGUUGGGAAAGAUGAUAAGGGGCAGGCCAGCGGCAUUGAGUGACACUGCCAGUUAACAGGCUGCUUGGGAGAAGUUAGGACAUCCAGCUCAGGCAGCAGAGACAUGAUGCGCUUAAAGAUACACCAAGAAAAGCGGUCAGGAAGUGCAACAGGCAGCAGGAUGGUUUGAGCCCGUGUGGGCCCGCAGGAGCAGGGCAGUGGAGGCACAGGGAGGGCUUAGGGGACAGCCGGGUCAGAGCACACGGAUUCAUGUCCUGUUGCUUCCAGGGAGUCAGAGAACGCAAGUGUUGGGUCCCCUGCCACACCAUGUCGGAGACCAGGGGACCCAGAUGGAGUCCUAGCUCCCAGCCUGGCCCUGGAUUUAUUCCUCAACAGUGAUCCAGUAGGUGGAGAAAAUGAACAAAUAAAUCACUGUGCUUGGGUGACUGACUGAAUCUUUAUCAGAAAAAGAGCAGCUUUAGAGUCAGUGCGGAGCUUCCUGUCUGAGGGUGGGAUUCAUGUCAGCAGCUAGUCGCAUUCCCACUGAAAAUGGCUAAAGCCACGGUCAUUUGAUGCUAUAUAUCUUCCCCCCCUGCCAGAGGAACACUCCAGACAAGGAAAACACCGCCUACAUGUCCACCUGCUCCAGAAAGCAUAGAUACCUUUUGUCAACCAGUAAUUUAUUCCAAUUACUGCGAGCUUCCUCCCACAGGAAUGAGGUAGUUCUUUGGAACAGACACUUUUGCAGCUCCAUUUAAAAUGCAACUAGGGAGUGUGAUUAAAC